AUGAGUAAGACAGAAUAUGAUAUUCUUUCACUUGUAAAUGCAGUUGAAGAAUUUAGCAAAUAUUGUUCAGAAUAUAAGAAGAGACAUCUAACGAAUUAUAUACAAUCUUAUUCUAUUAACAACCAAAUUAAUAACAAUGAAGAGGUAAUAUUUAAAACAACAUUACAAGAUUUUAUGAACAAGGUUAAUAUGUUAGGUAAUAAUAUUUUGCAAAUUGAAAAAAUAAAUAAAUGUCAGAUACCUGAGAAUAUAUUAUAUGAAAAAAAUGGAAAUAAAAUGAUAUAUGAUCCAAAACAUUACAAUGAAGACAAAUUAAAUAAUGAAAAUAUAUUGGAAGAUAAAAAUAAAAGAAAUAUUUGCGAACACAUAAAAUCAAUAAAUGACAAAAACUUUGUACAAAAUAAUGAUUAUGGAAAAAAUAUAAAAAUAAUUAAUAAUAUAAAUGAACAAAAUUUAUUAAUGCAAGCUAAAAAUGAUUAUAUCAACAUUUCUGAAAAUUCGUAUAUGAGGAAAAUAUCCACUGAAUAUACUUCAUCAGACAGAAGCAGUGAAGAUAAUGUAUUAUUGCAUAAUAUAAAUAAUGUGCUUGUGAAAUAUGUAAGUGGAUUAGAUUAUACACUAAAUAUUAGAAGAAUAUCAAGAAAAAAUUUAAUCCAAGAAAUUAAACAAUUUUAUAUUAUACAUAAUAGUAAUAUUCAAUUAAAUGAUUAUUCUACAUAUCUAAGUGAUGAAGUAAUAAAUAUUCUGAAACAAAAAAAAGAUAAUAUAAAAUGUUUAGAUAAAAAUAAUCUCUUUAUUAUAGAAAAAAAUGAUGAUUUUUAUAAAAACAAUUUUUUGCCUUUUUUUUAUAUUCCUUGUAAUUAUUUAUUUAUAAAAAAUUAUUGUAAUGAUAAUGAAAGAUGCUUGGAAACAACCUAUGAUACAAAUGAUGAAAAAAAUUCUACAACAGAAAAUUCUUAUAUAUUAUCAUCUCCUAAUCAUAUGUAUAAUACAAAUACGAAUAGUUAUAAUUCACAUUCAAAUAGUAUAAUAGCUAGAAAUACUUCUUCAAAUAAAUGUAACUCACCUAUUUUUGGAAUUAAUGAACGAAAUUCAUCACCUAACUUUGGAAUAUUCAAUGAAAGUAUCAAAAACGAUAAGGAUCAAUAUAAUAUGGAUCCUAAUUAUUUAAUCAUGAGAUAUAAUUUAAACGAAGAAGUACAUAUUAAAGAUGAUAGAGUUAUUAAUUCUCCAAACAAUAUAAAAUCUAUGAAUGAUAAUAGAUAUAAUUCACCUAAUUUUAAUAUAGAGCAUAUACAUAUUAAUAAUAAUGAUACACAAAUAAACAAUUAUGAUAUUUAUGAUAUAAAUAAUAUGGAUGGAAAGAAAAAUAACCUUAAUAGCAAUACUAGCGAUUUCUAUCAAUCCAUAAGCGAUUUUUAUAAAAAUAAUGAAAAGAAUCUUAUUUGCCAAGAACAAAAUAACAAUAAUACAUAUAUGCAAAAAUGCGCCUUUUUCUUAAAUAGUAAUGAAACUAAUGUACUAACAAAUAAUAAAAAUCAUCACAAGAGUGGAAAAAAUCUAAUUAGCUUAUGCUUUGAUGAUGAAUUAUCAAGUGCUAUAACAAUAAACAACGAUUCCUCAUUAAAUAAAGGAAUAUACAAUGAAUUUAAUAACUCUGAAAAAGACAUUGUCGAAGAUAUAUGUAACACAACAAAUUAUAAUGAUAUAAAUAUGGAACAUAUGAACACAUAUCAAAAUGAUGAAAGAAAAUGGAUGGAUGAAUAUUGCAAUGGAGACUAUAAUUUAUUUAGAUCGAAGCAAUUAAAAAAGAAAAAAGAGUUACUGUUAUCUUGCAUAUCUUAUAAUGAAAAGGAAAAUAAAUAUAAAGAUCAAGAUAAUAUGAUAAAUGUUGAAAUAAAUAAUGAUACAAAAAUAAAAAACAUUUUAUAUGACACAGGCAAUAUUUCCUUUGAUGAAAAUAUUGGAAUUAAUAAUCAUUAUAAUACUAUAAAUUUAAAGGUUAUAUAUGAAGCUAACAAAAGUGAAUAUGGAAAUAAUGAACGUUUGAAUUUUAUUAAAGGUCAAAUUAUUUUGAAUAAAUAUAAAGUAGUCAAAGUUUUAUCAAAAACACAAUUUAGUACUACACUUAAAUGCCUCAAUUUAUUAUAUAAAAAAGUAAAAACUGAUACACAAGUAUUCCUACCAUAUUGUCAUAAAUAUAUGAAAGAGGAUUCAGAAAUAACACAUGAUAAAAAAGAAAACAAUUAUGAUAAAUUUGUAAAUUUAAAUACUAUAAAAAAAAAAAAUGAGAAUUAUAAUAGACAACAUGAUAUUAAAAAUAAUUUACAUGAUAAUAAACACCAAAUAAGAAAUAAUAAAAAAAAGGUAGAACCUAAAUAUGUUUGUUUAAAAGUAAUGAAAAAUGGAAAACAAUUUUUAGAUCAGGGGUUGUUAGAACUUAUGGUUUUAAAUAUACUAUGUAAUGAAAAUACAAAUAAUAAUUUAUCUAAUAAAAACAUUAUACAAUUAUAUGAUUCCUUUUAUUAUAAAGAACAUUUAAUUAUAGUAACAGAAUACAUGCAAAGUGAUUUAUAUAAUUAUUUCAUUAGGAAAGGAAAAUUAGGAACUUUGGGUCAAUUACAAAUAUUGACAAAAAACUUAUUAGAAGGAUUAGCAUAUAUACAUUCAAAGAAUUUAAUACAUUGUGAUUUAAAGCCAGAAAAUAUUAUGAUAAAUAUGAAAAAAAAUAAGAAGAACCAUGAAAAGGGUAAAUAUAAUAAAGUUAAUCAAAAUGGAGAUAAUAUAUAUAACGAUACAAUUGAACCACAUAUUCUGAAUUCGUCAAAUAUAAAUAUCUCAAAUUUAGAAAAAAAGAACAUAAUUGCAUAUCCAUCAUUUGAUCAAACAUUUAUUGAAAAUAAAGAUACACAAUAUGAUAAUAAUGAAAAGACAUCAAAUGUGUUAUAUGAUAUUGAUAAGUCAUACAACAAUAAUGUAAAAAAUAUGAUAGAUAAUAAUUUAUAUUGUAAUAAUAUAAAAAAUAUUGAUAAUAAUAAUAAUAAUAAUAAUAAUUUUCCACAUAAUAAUAUAAAUAUAUAUAAUACUAAACAGUUCGACAAGAUCAAAAUAAUCGAUUUUAAUAGUUGUAUAUAUGAAAGCGAUAAAUUAGAAAUGUAUAUACAAACUCGAUCUUAUAGAUCACCUGAAGUUUUAUUACAACAAAACUAUGAUAGGAAAAUUGAUAUAUGGAGUUUAGGAUGUAUAUUAUUUGAAUUUAUAACAAAAAAAAUAUUAUUUGAUUAUCAAAAUAUUUAUCGUUUUAUAUAUUCAAUUGUUUCUUAUAUUGGGCCCUUCCCCUUCUAUAUGAUAAAUAACUGUAGGAUACCACAUAUCUUUACAAAACACGGAUUAAUAAUAUUAAAAAAGUUUACGACAGAUAAUAUGUACGAGAAUUAUAUAAAAGAAGAACAAUUAAAUCAAGAAGAUGAUGAAGAAAUUGUUUUUAAUUCUAAUGAUUUCUUUCGUUUAAAUAAAAAAGAUAAUAUCAUUACAAAAGAUUUAUUAAAAAAUAAAAAUCCAAAUAUAUCCAUUCCAAGAAAACGUAACAAUAACAAUAACAAUAAUGAGGUUUAUUAUGAUGUAUGUUAUCCAAGUGACAACUUAUUAAAAAAUAAUUUUCAAAUAAGUGACACAUUAUUUGUUGAUUUUCUUUCAUCCUUGUUACAAAUAGAUCCCUCUAAAAGGUUUAAUGCUAUGGAAGCCUUAAAGCAUCCAUGGCUUCAGCCAAAUUUGUAUAAAGACGGUUUAUAA